UAAUUGAAGAGCCAUCUUAUCAAACUACCACCGUCUUCAUUUCGUUUAUCAACUCUCUCAGUUACUGUUUGUGGGUUUUGGUAAUGUGACAGUAAAAACACGUUAUCAUGCUCAUGGAGGCAAUGCUUUUCCCGCUAACACGCGCACCUCCUCCUCUACCGAUAACAUGCGCACCUCCUCUACUGCCAUAUUCUUUAUAUGCCACCACUUGUGUUGGUGUUGGCACCUUUCACUGUUUUGCGCCAACAAGGCCAAUUGGUGCAGUUUUGAGGAGAAGUAUAAGCAAGGAAGGAAAGCCACUGGUUGAAGGAAUGCCUGAGGAGUAUUAUGAUGAUGAAUGGCAAGCACAACAAAGAGAAAAUUCUAAGGAGUUGGACCGGCUACGUCGGCUGGAAGAUGAAGAAGAAGAAAGAAAGGUUGAAGAGUAUCGGGAAAUUGGCUUGCGGUUGAAGGGAUAUCCUGAAGAAGAUGUCAGGAAAGCGAGAAAACUGAUCUCAACCUUUAUCAGAGCCGAAGAAGAAGUGGAAGAGAAAAUUGAGGAAGCUGCUGAAAAAGGAGAACUCGAUGAACUUGUCCUAAUGGUCAUACGGAAUCGCCUUGAUCUUGCUCGACGUGAUGAGGAAAAGGAUGCUAUCAGAAGCCUCGAUCUUUUAUACAGAAGGGUUGAGAUGGAGAUAUUAAAACAAGAGGCUUCUCCUUCUAUGAGACUGCUGAAUGAUCUUUUAAAUAUGCAUGAUGGCUUUGACGGUGAAGGAUGGCUGAAAGAAUGCAAGAAACGCAUGAUUGAUAUAUUUCCACGGGAGGAUCCAUUUAGCAUUCUUGUUCCUGCAGGAUUUGACAUUGAUAAGCAUCAAGGACCCUUACGACCACCCCUAGAAACAGAUGAUGUUCUUUUGAGAGUAGAUUUUGUCAGAGAGGUAGACUCCUUGCUCCGGGAAGUUCGGGCUGAAGAAAUUGAAGCACAGAAUGUUGAAGGGUUUGAUCCUGAAUCUGUCGCAAGCAAAUUGAAGCAACAAGAGAAGCAGAGAACUAUAAAAAUGGUAGAGGAUCUACUAGAAUUAGCAAUUGAUUUGAAUUGGUAGGUAACGACUUUGGUCAACUUUGUCGUUAGUUCAAAUAGAUCACCAUCCCUCCCUCCAACCCCGACACAAGCGGCAUUUGGAGUUUUUCAUAUCUGCCAGUUUUUAUUUCUGGUGAUAGAGUGUAGUAUGGUGAGGAUAUUAGAAAUAAGUAGAACAAGCAAGUGUGCUUACUGCUUAGUGCUGUAUGUAGUAUAUGCAUUAACGGUGUAUUUGAACUAUGUGGCUGCCUGUAUUAGUGCACAUCAAACAUUUUAAAUCAUUUUUGGCAUUACUAUUAUUCUA